GUCCAUUACCCAGCGACGCACUAUAGGAGUGUGUUUACUUCAAUGCUGCUACUUAUGCUGUUUGAGCUUUGACAAGAUCCUCUCCCCCUGUCUUUUCUCAAAAAUGCAUGUACUGAUGCUUUACCGAUUCUGACGGGGUAGUUUCAGCAGGACACAGCAGCACUUUCGGUGAAUUCUGGACAUCGCAACUAUCGUCAAUGAGACCAAAUGUGAUUCUUGCUCGUAAAUAAAGGAAUAACUGACGCCGGCCACUUUGCAUUACCCACUUGAUCACUUUUAGAAGCUCGCGCAGAUGAACCUGGAGAACGCGGCCCGCUACCACCCCGCAGCUCAGCUGGUGGACAUGGAGCAGAAGGCCGGCAAGCUCGGCCUGGGGUUCCAGCGCAGCUCCACAUCCGACGACGACUCCGGCUGCGCCCUGGAGGAGUACGCCUGGGUCCCGCCCGGCCUGCGACCCGAGCAGGUCCAGCUAUAUUUUUCCUGCCUGCCCGAGGAUAAGGUUCCCUACGUUAACAGUGCUGGAGAGAAAUACAGAAUUAAGCAGCUCCUGUACCAGCUGCCGCCCCACGAUAAUGAGAUCCGAUACUGCCAGUCUCUCAGUGAGGAGGAGAAGAAGGAGCUCCAGAUGUUCAGCAUGCAGCGGAAGAAGGAGGCGCUGGGGCGGGGAACCCUCAAACUGCUGCCCAGGGCGCUGAUGCACACCAUCUGCGAGCAUUGUGGGGAGAACAUCAACGGGGGCGAGAUGGCCGUGUUUGCCUCCCGAGCUGGGCCCGGGCUGUGCUGGCACCCAGCAUGCUUUGCCUGCUCCACCUGCAGCGAGCUCCUGGUGGACCUCAUCUACUUCUACCACGACGGGAAGAUCCACUGCGGCCGGCACCACGCCGAGCUCCUGAAGCCGCGCUGCUCUGCCUGCGAUGAGAUCAUCUUUGCCGACGAGUGCACGGAGGCCGAGGGCCGCCACUGGCACAUGAAGCACUUCUCCUGCUUCGAGUGCGAGACGGUGCUGGGAGGGCAGCGCUACAUCAUGAAAGAUGGCCGCCCCUACUGCUGUGGCUGCUUCGAGUCCCUGUACGCCGAGUACUGCGAAGCCUGCGGAGAGCACAUCGGGGUGGACCACGCCCAGAUGACGUACGACGGCCUGCACUGGCACGCCACCGAGACGUGCUUCUGCUGCGCCCAGUGCAAGACCUCCCUGCUGGGCUGCCCCUUCCUGCCCAAGCAGGGGCGCAUCUACUGUUCCAAGGCCUGCAGCCUCGGUGAGGACAUCCACGCCUCCGACUCCUCGGACUCCGCCUUCCAGUCAGCCCGCUCCCGCGAGUCCCGCCGGAGUGUGCGCAUGGGUAAGAGCAGCCGCUCGGCGGACCAGUGCCGGCAGUCGCUCCUCUUCUCGCCGGCCGUCGGCUACAAGUUCCCUGGCCUGGCCGGCGGUGGCCCUGAGGACACGCUGUCCCGCAAGCUGGCACACCUCAGCUUUGGCGACGACCGCUUCUGGAAAAGCCGAGAGGAGCAGGAGGAGCAGGAGGCGACGGAGGACCACGAGGAGUGGGCGGAGCACGAGGACUACAUGACGCAGCUGCUCCUCAAGUUUGGGGACCGUGGCAUGUUCCAGCAGCAGGAGGACCCACGGGCCGCCGAGGCCUGGAUGUCGGACACGGAGGUCAAAAUGAAGGCGGAGCCCAACGCCGGCGGCCACAGUCAGAGCCUGGCCAGUAAGAAGUACCAGACGGACAUGUACUGGGCCCAAUCCCAGGAUGGCCUGGGAGACUCUGCCUACGGCAGCCACCCGGGCCCCGCCAGCAGCAGGAAGAUCCAGGAGCUGGAGAUGGACCACGGUGCUGCCAGCUUCAAGCACGAGCAGAAGCAGUGGUAUGACGACUCUCUGGAGUGCAUCUCUGAUGAGCUGAAGCAGCCAGAGCACAGCAUCCGGGACUCCAUGGACUCGUUAGCACUCUCUAAUAUCACUGGAGCCUCAGUGGAUGGAGACAGCAAGGAUAGGCCAUUGUUAUAUUCCUUACAAAACUUCCCGGAGCUGGAGACAGAGGACAUGGAGAAAAUGAGCAACAUGGGGACUCUGAACUCAUCGAUGCUGCACAGGAGCGCCAAUUCUCUGAAGAGCUUAAAUUCAGAGCUGGAGCAAGAGGAGGACGUGGAGGAAGAGGAGGAGGAGGAGGAGGAAGAGGAGGAGGAGCUGUCCCUCCCGGAGGAAAAGCCCAGACCCAUCCACAUGCCCAUGCUGCGGAGGACCCGGUCCCAGUCCAGGCCGCAGCAGGUGAAGUUCUCGGACGACGUGGUGGACAACGGGCGCUACCAGGAGCUGGAGGUGCGGCAGCCGCCGAUGAGCGAGCGGACCCGCCGCAGGGUCUACCACUUCGAGGAGCUGGAUCAGCAGGCCAGCCGCCCCCAGCACCACCACCACCACCACCACCACAGGCGGCGGCGGAGCCGGAAGUCCCGCUCCGACAACGCCCUGCACCUGGUCCCGAAGGAGCGGGCCCGCAUGUGCUUCAGGGAUGACUACGACAGGCAGGUCCCCACCAGGCGCCUCCAGGACCCGCAGGCCUUCCUGGCCAGCCAGGACCUGUACGGGCAGCGCUACCAGUCCCACGCCACCUCCGACUACGCCCUGCAGAACCCGGCCGUGGACAGGUUCCUGGGGCUCUACGGGGACGACGACUGGUGCUCCACCUGCUCCUCCUCAUCUUCCGAGUCGGAGGAAGAGGGCUACUUCCUGGGGCAGCCCAUCCCUCAGCCCAGGCCACAAAGAUUCCGUUACUAUGCCGACGACCUUCCAACUCCUGUGUCAGCCUUACCUUCCCCUCCCUACGGUCCGCGGACGAAAUCCAAAAAGAAGGGACACAAGGGCAAAAACUGCAUCAUUUCAUAGACUGGUGAUUGACCCCUGUAAUUGCAUUAUUUUUUUGCUGCAUUUCAAGUUGCCUCCAGCUGAACAAAGACACCCGCUUUUAAAAAUGCAUUUCAACACUUGCUGACCUUAAGAUUUUGCACGUGCUUACAGGAGUAGUUAGUGCUGUUCCUUCGCCACGUGAGACCGUGUUUACACCAGCUUCUCUGUUGAUGUGGAUUCAUAUUGCAGUGCAAGGCCAUUACCACAGACAGACGGUAACGUUUUAAGUCUCAUAGUUUGCCUUUGGGUUUAUAAUGUUGUCCACACAAUAUACUAGUAACACUAUAUCAGCUGUAGUGUGUGCAUUAAAUAACAACAGCAUUAUUAUUUCUAGGAAACACUUUAUUUAUAAAGUAGCAUUUAGAGACUAAUGGAAACUAUUUA